GUUCCAAAACCAUGAAGACCCGUUAAGCCAAAGAAAAACUUUCUCUUUCUGGACAAAGGAAGAAACACCCAAGAAAAAGAAAUUGAAAGUUUUUUUUUAAGAAUCAAAGUACAGUUAAAGAAGAAGAAGAAGAGGAGAGAUUCUUGGAAUGGGUUGUUUUCUUGCAUGUUUUGGUUCUUCCAACCAUCGCAAGACUCGAAAACGGAGACACAAGGUUCAGCCUCGAUUUCAAAGAAAUGCUAGUUACAAUGCUCAAUCUACAAUUUCUUUGGAACGGAGCAACUUGGAAAAGCCUAUCACUCCGGCUAAGGAAGUUCGGGAUGAUAAGGCAAAGGAGCAGCUGAGUUCGGGUUCAAGUACUCGAAAGAAAGUAACUUUUGAUGCUAAUAUUAAGACCUAUGAGCAUGUUUUAGUUGAUGAAAGUAGCGAUUUUCAAUUGGAUAAUGAAGAAGAAGAAGGGGAAAAGAAAGAGAAUCUGGCUAAACCAAAGGAGUAUGAUACUUCCUCUGAGCAUAGCUGGAUAACUUCUAGCUCAAGUUCUUACCCUCCUAAUCAUAGAUAUCAGAAUUGUAGAGAAAGUGACGACGAAGAAGAUGAAUUAGACUAUGAAGAAAGUGAUCUAGAUGAUGCUUAUGAGGAUUUUGAUGACGGAGCUGUGGAUUCAAGAGAUAGAAUUCCUGGCCAUGGAGGUAUCACUAAGGAGGUUGAUGGUUUGAUUGAAGAGGAAGUGAAGCCGAUUGGUUUAAUUCGAGGCGCUCGAGGUAGGAGUGGUAAUGUUCAUCCAUUGCUGAAUCCUGUCGAAAAUCUAACUCAAUGGAAAGCUGUGAAAGCAAAAGGGGCAACACCAUUUAAACUGCAAAAGGAGAAUCUCAGCUUAGAGCAAGAAGAGCCCCGGCUUUCGUUUAGCUUGGACACUAGUUUCAAUGACUUUUCAUUCGGUUUCCAAUCAAAAUCUGAUCAUGAACCGAAGAAGUUGAAUGAAGGAGUAUCAGUCGAUGCCAGCCUUUCGAAUUGGUUGUAUUCAACGGAGCCUACACCUGUCAAAAAGAGUAGCACUUCCGAUGCUAGUACACCAGAGAGAAGCAUGUCACAAGGAUCAAAUUCACUGAGGAGCCCUGAAGAUAGACCUAUUUUAGGUGCAUUAACUCUUGAAGAGAUAAAUAAGUUUUCAGCAUCUUCUCCACCUAGGAAGUCUCCAAGUAGAAGUCCAGAUGAGAUGCCUAUAAUUGGAACCGUUGGGACCUAUUGGAGUCAUGUGAGCAGCACCACCAAGGACUCUGGCUCAGCUACUUCCUUCAAAGGAAUACCAAACACUACCAGCAAGUACAGAGAGGAUAAGAACGUAAAUUGGCAUUCUACACCAUUUGAGACAAGGUUGGAGAGAGCUUUGAAUAGAAACUGAAGCGUACUCCAAUCAAAAUAUAUGCUAGGCAAGCUCGUCUGUUUUGGAUUGUUGUUUUUGAGUGUCCAUAAUCUAUACAUGUGUUUCCUUUAUUGUUUGACAUGUUCUUGCUUGUUGUAAGUCAUUUGGUGAUGGUAAUACAUAUGAUUGAUUAAUAUUAAUUUUUCACAUAUCCCUUCGGAGGUGAUUCAGUGAUUCUAGCAAAGGAUUGAUAAGGUCACAUUCUAUAAGCAUUGUAGUUUAAUGAAAGCUCAAAUACUUGUUCAAUCUUUCUGCGUCAUUGGAGUAAUACUUACUUGUUCAAUUACUCUUCCUAUAUAUCUUGCCGCCUAAUUGGUAAACUAUUAUGAAUGUAUCAUAGGAAGCAAAGAUGGGUGAUAUGAAGAAAUAGAUAUGUACUCCCUUUCCCUUGCUUAAAUU